AUUAUAUAAUGGAUAUGCGUGCAAAUUUAUUGAAGAGGAAAAAUGUAGCAUUCUUGCCGCUAACUAUACUUAACAUAAACUAAGCUUAUAUAAACAUAAUUAUGGAUAUGAAAUAACCGCGCAAGAUGAUUGCGCAUGCGCAGCGUCGUCGAUCCAAGGCUGUCUCAAAGCACUCGGUGCCCGGAGUUACGGAAAAAAAUUAUUUUCACGUGAAUCAUCGAAUGUUAUCGAAAGUCGAUAAAAAUUCGAUAAUGCGUAAACCCGAUGGUUUAUGAGUGAUUUGCCGCAGCACAACCGAUAGGAAGUUGCUCGAAGUUGAAAGGAAGAAAAGUAUUCUUCGUGAUUUCACCUUACACUAUAUCUGAAACGUCAUUGCUCGUACGUAUAUAUUCGAGUACUCGCACUCAAGCUUGUAGUCAUUGUGCGUCUCUGUUCGUGGUAGUUAGGAAUCUGUCACGCACGGGGACGUAUACUUCGUGUAAAUUUACAAGUGAAUUCGACCGCACUAUUUGAGAGACAAUCCUCUCGCCAAUUCCAAAACGAGACACAAAAGGAGAAGUAGCGAUCCCUCCGCGCAAACGCGCGCGCGAACUUUCUUCCUCGAAACGCGCAAAGCAGCAGUUCUCGCAAGCAGCGGUUCCUUGUUGUGUCUCCAGCGUCGCAAUUUCGCGCAUCGCUUUCUCGAAAGUUGCGCCUGAGUGAAGGAGAAAAAAAGUGAAAGAGAGAAAGGAGGAGAGACCACGCUUCGAAACGUUGUAUUGGGACACGCUUGUGAAUUUCACUACGUUCGCGACUCCGACUCCCAUCGCGGACUGGUAUCCUCGGCGAGAUGAGAGAAAUAACGAAUAGAGACAAGGCCCACAUGACAACACAUGAACUGAUCGAAACUCACGGUUACAUCGCCGAGACUCAUUACGUUUGGACAGAAGAUGAUUAUCGUUUGAACGUACAUCGCGUGCUUCCUCCCGAUGAUCGGAUAUCGCCCGUAUCAUUAGGUGUUCACACAAUCGACUGGCUUGGUUCCAUGGUUAAUAAUAGUAAAAAUCACAAUUCGUCAGUUUCCCCUGAGUCGUGCGAUCGGGUCUCAGAUCGGGCUUCAGUUGCAUCUUCGAAGAUACCGGUUCUUGUGCAUCAUGGACUCUUAUCCAGUUCCGCGGAUUGGGUACUACUGGGCUCUCAUAAAGCUCUUGCGUACGUCCUUUGCGAUAACGGGUUCGACGUUUGGCUUGGAAACGCUCGUGGUAACACUUACUCCAGAGGCCAUAAACGUUAUUCGAUUAGAGAUAACGAAUUCUGGAAUUUCAGUUGGCACGAAAUCGGAUACUACGAUUUACCGGCGUUGAUAGAUUAUAUCCUGGAUAAAACUGGCCAUACCAAAUUGUAUUACAUCGGUUACAGUCAAGGUACAACUGUUUUCUACGUUAUGGGGAGUGAGAGACCCGAGUACAACGAUAAGGUCGAAGGCAUGAUAAGCUUGGCGCCUGUAGCGUACCUGGCGAAUCAAAAAAGUCCGCUUUUGAAAUGCCUUGUGUAUUUUUAUCGUUUAGCAGAGUGGGGAUCCGUCGUUUGGAACAUACAUCAUUGUUUCCCGCGUAACAGACGGUGGCAAACACGUCUGUUAAGCUCCUUCAUACGCACAGUUCCUGGCGCGAUGACAAAGAGUUUCUGUUAUUGUUGGUUUCAUCUUAUCGCUGGAUUUGGUAGUAAUCAACUCGAUAAGUCCAUGUUGCCUGAGAUAUUCGGACAUUUCCCAGCUGGUGCUUCAACCAAGCAAAUGUUUCAUUUUGCUCAGCUAAUCACCUCCAAAUCGUUUCAGAAAUACGACCACGGUGCUAAGCAGAACAAAAUGUUAUACGGGUCUAUCAGGCCACCUGAAUAUAAUCUCAGUAAAAUAAAGACGCCCGUGACAAUCUUUUACAGUGAUAAUGAUUUCCUCACUCAUGCUACUGAUGUCCAAAAACUGGCGAAGAAAUUACCAAACAUCAGACAAGUUAAAAAGAUACAAUAUGACAAAUUCAACCAUAUCGAUUAUCUUUGGGGUCGUGACGCAAAAACCCUCCUGUAUAUUAACAUCGUGAAAAUAUUGAAAAAACUUUGAUGUAUCUUAAUAAUAUCUAUUUUAAGAAACGAUAUUUUAAGAAACUUUUUUAACAUAUGUGUCUACAUACACUGUAUACAGUGCUUAACUCAGAAAUAUUGCUUCUCUCUCUUUAAGAGGGCAAACAAAUUAUGAGUUACAGCAUUAUUUCUUGUGGAAAAUGAAGAAAAGCAACAAUUUUAAUCUAAAGAUACCAAAUACAAUUAAUUGUCGGUUGAAAAUCAUAUUCAACAUCUCAGAUAGUACAAGACGUUUUAGAAUUAUUCUAAAUAUAUGUCCAGAAUGGUGUCAGGGUAUUGUGCUAUCUGAAUUAUUAUAAGAAUGUAAUGUAGAGAGAAGUGAAUAGUAUAAUAAGAAUUUUUAUGAUAAAAAGCAUGUGAUGUAGUUUCUAAGCCCAGAAAUCUUCCUGUAGAUUAUACAAUUUUUUGUAU